GAACUUGAGAUGACUUUAGUACAUCCUUCAAAUAGGAUGGAGAUUAAAAAGCUGUAAUCUCUUCAAAAUUUGAAAUCUCGUUUACAGUAAAAAAAAACUUAUGAAUCCUUACAAUAGAGGGAAGGAGGACUAAAAUGAUAAAAAUCAUCUUUAAAUGUAAAUCUUAAUUCAACAAAAAUUAAUAUUAGUAAAAGUGUAACUUUCACAGGGCAUUGAAUUAUGGAUCUGUUGGGUUCAUUAUCGGACACGAAAUGUCGCAUGGAUUUGAUGUUACCGGCAGGAAAUACGAUGAGAAUGGAAAUGCAAUUCGUUGGUGGUCUGAAAAAAUGAUAAAUGCAUAUGAUAAGAAAGCCGAUUGUUUUGUGGAUCAAUUCAAUGAAUAUGAGGUAGGUGGAAAAGUAACAGAAGGAGAAAAUAUUGCUGAUACAGCCGGAUUAAAUGCGGCUUUUGGCGCUUAUAAAAAACAAAUUAAGAAAGGAAAUAGAGAUGUGAGAUUACCAGGGUUAGAAGAUCUUAGCGGAAGUCAACUAUUUUUUGUCUCUUUCGCCACUGCAUUUUGUCAGAGCGCAACUCCCCAGUUUUUAUAAAAAAAUCUCAACGAUGUACAUACUAAGGCUUCAGUGAGAAUAAAUGGUGCAGUAACUAAUGUGGAUGGAUUUAGUGAAGCCUUUAAAUGCACAAAAAAUAGCCCCCUAAACAGGGAUGACAAAUGUAUUCUAUGGGAGUAGAAACUAGUUUUAAUUUUAUUUAUAAUAGUACAAUAAGAUUGAGAAAUAAUCUGUAAUUCUUAUAGAGACUGUAAUAUAUUUUUAAAAUCAGAA